AACCUACUCUCAGUAGCAGUAGAAAUCUUUUUAUGCCGCCUCGACUUUCUUUUGGCGCCACAAAAUCAGUUUGUCUUUUCUAACUCUCUCUCUCUCUCUCUCGCUCUCACACAAAUUUUCUUCAGGUUCGAUUUUUUUGGCCAGUGAUUUCCUACUGUUUCUCAGUUGCAUAAUACUUUUUUAAACUUUCAGGUGGUUCAUUCAGUUCAUAUAUUGUACUGACUCAAUGGGGACUAAUGAAGCUAAUGGAGUUGUUAAGCCUUUCCAGCUAAUUGGGGAUAGGGAAGUCAACGUAAAUGCAAACUCUUUGGAACAGUUGGUUUCAACUCAGAAUGUUCCAAUAGCACCUUCACGGUCUGAUUGGCCAACACAUGCCCAGGCAUUUUAUCCUUAUGGGGCUACUCCACAUCAUUUUUUCACUUCAAGAGCUUCUGUUUCUCCAAGUUUUUAUCCUGCUUAUAUGGUGGGAAACCAGCAUCAAAUAAUGCAACUAUACGGAACUCCAGUUCAAUAUUCUGCCCAAUAUGGUCACAACCAACCGCCAUCAUAUCCAAAUGGUGCGGUCUUCACAGUCCCACAAAAAGAAGCAAACCCCAGCGAAAAGGACUUGGGAUCAAUGAGGAAAUGCAAGAGAAGCUCAGAAAAUGAGUAUCUUACAGGGAAUAGAUUGGGUGAAAGUGGCAACAGAACUUUGCCUCUGAGAAACGAUGGUGAUGGUGCUUUACAAAGUGCUCCAAUUGGAACUGAAGGCUUAUCAGAUGAGACUUGUAAUACCGAUCGAGAUUUUUCUGCGGCUAAAAAGCAAAGAUAUAAUCAGAGGCUUGUAGAUGGAGCAGUUGCACAGACGGAUGCUACUUUACAGUACCAUGAUGUAAAUGCAGAUUCCGGAUUGCAGGAUUCUGCAGUAAACAUGGUUCAGACCAAGUUGAACACGGGAAUUGCCUCAAAUUGGUCUAGCACAAAAACAAUCCUAGCAAAGGAAGAGCAUGACCAGAGAAAAGAAAGGAGAAAGCAGUCUAAUAGGGAGUCAGCUAAAAGAUCAAGAUGCCGUAGACAGGAAGAAUGUAGGAAACUACAAGGCACGGCAGAGGAUCUUGCAAAAGAGACUUCCAACCUUAGGGCUGGAAUAAUGAGGGUUUCUAAGGAAUGUAGGAAACUCAAAAAAGAAAAUAAAUCUAUAAUGAAAGGACUAGAAAAGAUGUAUGGGCCAGAUGCAGUUGGGGAUCUAAAAGCUGAAGAACCUGGUUCUGUUAAUGGUGAUGGUGAAAGCAGUAGCGAUGAAAGUGGAAAUGAGACUUCUGAUGAGGAUGAAGAUGCAUAAUCAUUGUUUGUACCUACAAGCUACCUCUGACAGAAUUAGUUUUGUGUUGAUUCCUCUGAGCACUUAGAAGAAACAUAGCAAUUGAAAACAUAGAAAGUUAAAUAAAUGAGAGAAUUCUGUGGUUUCUCAAAUUUCAUAUGAUCAAACGUAGGGUACAUAUAAAGGUAAUUUUCGAGUCUAACAAUUCAACUAUUAAUACCAUGUCAAUUUUGUAGCUCAUGAAGGCACAGAUUCAUGUCUAGUACACUGAUGUAAAAUACGUUCAAUUCACCAGACAGAUUAAGAACAUUUCCAAUUUGCAAAUUUGUAUAA